AUGGAAGGAACCGGCGUGGUGGCUGUGUACGGUAACGGAGCGAUAACGGAGGCUAAGAAAUCUCCCUUCUCCGUCAAGGUCGGUCUUGCUCAGAUGCUCCGCGGCGGAGUUAUCAUGGACGUCGUCAACGCCGACCAGGCUCGCAUCGCGGAGGAAGCAGGUGCCUGCGCCGUCAUGGCCUUGGAGCGUGUCCCCGCCGACAUUCGCGCUCAGGGAGGCGUCGCUAGGAUGAGCGAUCCACAGAUGAUUAAGGAGAUCAAACAGGCCGUUACGAUUCCGGUGAUGGCGAAGGCUAGGAUUGGUCAUUUCGUGGAGGCGCAGAUCCUCGAAGCGAUCGGAAUCGAUUACAUCGACGAGAGCGAGGUGCUGACUCUCGCCGACGAAGAUCAUCACAUCAACAAGCAUAACUUCCGGAUCCCUUUCGUAUGCGGUUGCAGCAGGAACCUAGGGGAGGCUCUGAGGAGGAUCCGAGAAGGUGCGGCGAUGAUUAGGACUAAAGGUGAGGCUGGGACUGGGAAUAUCGUGGAGGCAGUUAGGCAUGUGAGGUCUGUUAUGGGUGACAUUAGGGUUUUAAGGAACAUGGAUGACGACGAGGUCUUCACUUUCGCUAAGAAGCUUGCUGCUCCUUACGAUCUCGUGAUGCAGACGAAGCAGCUUGGCCGUCUUCCCGUCGUUCAGUUCGCGGCUGGUGGAGUGGCUACUCCGGCGGAUGCGGCGCUCAUGAUGCAGCUUGGAUGCGACGGUGUCUUCGUGGGAUCGGGUAUCUUCAAGAGCGGAGAUCCGGCUCGUAGGGCGAGGGCGAUAGUUCAGGCAGUGACUCAUUACAGUGACCCGGAGAUGCUUGUGGAGGUGAGCUGUGGACUGGGAGAGGCUAUGGUGGGGAUCAAUCUCAAUGACGAAAAGGUUGAGAGGUUCGCUAAUCGUUCAGAGUGAAAAGGAAGGAACGAGAAUGGAUGGUUUCAAAGACCAUUUAGAUGAGUAGUAGUUUGUAUCCACAUAUCCCCUUUUGUCUUUGUUUUCCUUAUAAUCUUUGUUUAGUGUUUUAUGAUUGUAAUCGACUGCCUUCUUCCAUCUCUGCAAGAAACAAGUUUGUCAGUUCCAAAAAUAAUAAUAAGAAUGUAUUCUCUUGAUUUUC